AAAAAACAAAAACGGGACUGGAGUAAUGCAAGGACAUCUUAACUUUCUGUAACAAUUACAGAGGGAAUUCGGUUGUUUGGGAUCAUCUUCUUUCUUCCAGAUUUCAGAUGGCAGUAGCAGCACAAAUGGACCUACCCAAAGAAAUUCAGCAUCCUUAUACAAAAUUUUCUGAAUGGAAAUUCAAGCUCUUUAGAGUGAGAUCCUUUGAAAAAGCACCUGAUGACAGCCAGCACAUAAACAAAGAUCAGGCAGAAGAGGUUGGUGCUGCAAACAAAGGAAUCAGCCUGCCUAAUGGUGAAGCAGUGUCCAGAGGAGAAGGGAUGGACUUGAUGGGCAAUAGGCAGCCACUUGAGAAAGGUGUAAAUGAGAUGAAAACUCAGGAGAAUGGAGUUCAUCAGAGCAAUCUGAGGCAGCUUUGCCGCAUCUGUGGAGUUUCACUGAAAAGUGAUGGUUACAAGAGAACUUACCCAGUACAUGGACCAGUGGAUGAGGAAACUCUGUGCCUUCUGAGAAAGAAAGAGAAAACAGCAACCUCUUGGCCAGAACUUAUAGCUAAAGUUUUUAAGAUUGAUGUGAGAGGGGAUGUUGAUACAAUCCAUCCUACUCAGUUUUGUCACAACUGCUGGAGUAUCAUCCGUAGAAAAUUCAGUAACACUGCAAGUGAAGUGUAUUUUCCUAGCAACAGCACAAUGGAGUGGCAACCUCAUGCCCCAGCCUGUGAUGUGUGCCACACCACCCAGCUGAGAGUCAAGAGGAAAAGCCAAUCACCCAGUGUACAACAUGGCAAACGUGUGAAGACCGCUGCAGAGCCCGUUCAAGUAGAUCAAGCACAGAUAAACAACAAGAAAUUAAUGAAAGAGAUCACCAAUUGCAGGAAUAUCCAUCUCAGCACCAACCUGCUGGCAGUCGAUUACCCCGUAGCUUUCAUUAAAUCCAUCUCUUGCCAGAUCUGUGAGCAUAUUUUGGCAGAUCCAGUGGAAACAACAUGUAGACACUUGUUCUGCAGAACUUGCAUCCUGAAGUGCAUCAAGGUUAUGGGCAGCUAUUGCCCUUCCUGCUGGUAUCCCUGCUUCCCUACGGAUCUGGUAACCCCAGUGAAAUCCUUCCUGAUCACCCUUGACAGCCUCCGUGUGAGAUGUCCUGUAAAGGAAUGUGAUGAAGAGAUCUUGCAUGGAAAAUACGGCCAACACCUUUCCAACCACAAGGAAAUGAAAGAUAGGGAGCUCUAUGGAUACAUAAAUAAAGGUGGGAGACCAAGGCAGCACCUCCUGUCUUUGACAAGGAGAGCUCAGAAACAUCGUCUGAGGGAACUGAAACGCCAGGUCAAGGCCUUUGCUGAAAAGGAGGAGGGUGGUGAUAUAAAGGCUGUGUGCAUGACCCUGUUCCUCCUGGCUUUAAGAGCAAAAAAUGAACACAGAAAAGCAGAUGAGCUGGAGGCUAUAAUGCAAGGGAGGGGAUCUGGGCUUUGCCCUGCUGUCUGCCUUGCAAUCCGAGUUAACACGUUCCUCAGCUGUAACCAGUAUCACAAAAUGUACAGAACAGUCAAAGCUGUCACUGGGAGGCAGAUCUUCCAGCCCCUGCACGCUCUCCGCACUGCUGAGAAAGCCCUCCUGCCAGGCUAUCACCCAUUCCAGUGGAAACCUCCCCUAAAAAAUGUGUCCACCAAGACAGAGGUGGGGAUCAUAGAUGGGCUGUCAGGAUUGCCCCUCUCAGUUGAUGACUACCCAGUGGACACCAUUGCAAAGAGGUUUCGGUACGAUGCAGCCUUGGUUUGUGCCCUGAAGGACAUGGAGGAGGAGAUCCUGGAGGGCAUGAAAACAGAGCAGCUGGAUCAGUGCCUGGAUGGCCCCUUCACUGUGGUGGUAAAAGAGUCUUGUGAUGGCAUGGGAGAUGUCAGUGAGAAGCAUGGCAGUGGGCCUGCUGUCCCAGAGAAGGCAGUUAGGUUUUCUUUCACAAUCAUGAACAUUGCUGUGGUCCAUGGCAAUGAAAGGAAGAGGAUCUUUGAAGAACUGAAGCCCAAUUCAGAGUUGUGUUGCAAACCCUUGUGCCUUAUGCUGGCUGAUGAAUCGGACCAUGAGACUCUGACAGCAGUCCUGAGCCCCCUGGUAGCAGAGAGAGAGGCUAUGAAAAGCAGUGAGCUGCUGCUGGAGAUGGGAGGCAUCCUGAGGACAUUCAGGUUCAUCUUUAGGGGCACGGGAUAUGAUGAGAAACUCGUGAGGGAAGUGGAAGGGCUGGAGGCCUCGGGUUCCACUUAUAUUUGUACCCUGUGUGAUGCGACCCGCCUGGAGGCUUCCCAGAACCUGGUCUGCCACUCCAUAACCAGGAGCCACGAGGAAAACCUGAGGAGAUAUGAAAUCUGGAGGUCCAACCCCUACCAGGAAUCGGCCGAUGAGCUCCGUGACAGAGUGAAGGGUGUUUCAGCCAAACCUUUCAUCGAGACAGUGCCCUCCAUAGAUGCCCUGCACUGUGACAUUGGGAAUGCAGCAGAAUUCUACAGGAUCUUCCAGAUGGAGAUUGGUGAAGUUUACAAGAAUCCUGAUGUGUCUAAAGAGGAGAGGAAGAGGUGGCAGUUGGCCCUUGACAAGCAACUAAGGAAGAAGAGGAACCUGAAGCCUGUGAUGAGGAUGAGUGGAAAUUUUGCCAGAAAGCUGAUGUCCAAAGAGACAGUGGAGGCAGUCUGUGAGUUAAUAAAGAGUGAGGAAAGGCAAGAGGCCCUCAGAGAACUGAUGGAUCUUUAUCUGAAGAUGAAGCCAGUGUGGAGGUCAUCAUGCCCUGCCAAGGAGUGUCCAGAGUUGCUGUGCCAGUAUAGCUACAACUCACAGAGCUUUGCUGAGCUCCUGGCCACCAAGUUCAAGUACAGAUAUGAAGGCAAGAUUACAAAUUACUUCCACAAAACCCUCGCUCAUGUUCCUGAAAUCAUUGAAAGAGAUGGGUCCAUUGGGGCCUGGGCCAGUGAAGGAAAUGAGUCUGGAAACAAACUCUUCAGGAGGUUCCGAAAAAUGAACGCCAGGCAGUCCAAAUGCUAUGAGAUGGAGGAUGUCUUGAAGCAUCACUGGCUCUACACCUCCAAGUGCCUCCAGAAAUUCAUGAAUGCUCACAAGACAUUAAAAAGCCCAGGUCUAACCAUUGACACAGAGGACACAGGUGACUCCCUGCCCCUGCAGGAGGUCCUGGAAAGCAGGGAUGCAACAGAACCCUAAAUGUGAAGUGCUUUUGGUGUUGGGUUUGUGUUGGGUCUUCCUGCAAGGAGAUACCUUCUGUUUCAGGCUGUAGAGGCACAGGGAGGUCUGAAAUGGUAACUUCUACACUCAGUUAAUGGUGCUGAGUGGAGUCUGACAAACACCACGUCUGCUGGGAGCUUCCAACAGAAGCAGUGCAGUGAUGCAUUUACCAGGUGUUAUGUGAGAUAAAAGCAGAAACAAACUGCAAGGAAGGGCCCUCAGUUUAUUUUGGUCCUCGAGUGUUUUUAUAAGUGAGAAAGUCAAAGUUUUUACAUAAAGCAGCAUUUUGGAAUGAAUUAUUCUGGAGAGUUUGACAGCUGCUGAAAAAGGAACUGUGGCUUUUUAUUCUGCUUGCAACUUAAAAAUGUUUCAUUA